CCGCGCCGCUUGCCGCGCGCUACAAACAUGGAGGAGAGCUCUGUCGUAUUCCCGCGCAAAUUGCUCAAAAAAUUGAUAGCUAUGUACAGGGAGCAUCCUUGUUUAUGGGAUAAGAAUUGCGCGUCGUAUAAACUGAAACAGAAGAGGUACGAGGCGAUAUCGAAGUUGACUCAGCUUGUGCAGGAACACGACCCGAGUGCGACGCGUGUACACGUGUUGCGUAAGAUCGAGAGCUUGCGCGCGUGCGUGCGGCGGGAGCACAAGCGCGUGCGAGACAGCCGUCUCCGGGUAGCGGCCGGCGGCACCGAUGGCAUUUACAAGCCGAUGCUUUGGUACUACGACUUGUUCUCCUUCGUGUUCCCCGAUGAAGAAAUCGACGAUAUUUACAAGAAAACACACACCGUACACGAACAGAAUGAGAACUCAGAAGACGGUGUUCACGACAAUGGUGAUGAAGAGGGUCCACCGUUCGAGCAAUCAAUGGAGACAUAUCCUGAGUACAGCGUCGCGAACAUGGUGAAUGUGGAAGACCACAAGAGGUAUCUGUCCUUCGAAGAUGACAGCAAGAGUAGCAAACGUCACUGCACGGAGAUAGAAGAUGAAUAUGAUGCUAUUGGUAUCAAUGUAGCAGCAAAACUAAGGAACCUUCCUCCAAAUAUGCGGAUAUUAGCAGAAAAGUUGAUCAACGAUGCGCUUUACCAGGCGCAGAUGAAUGGUCUCAACUCUUCCUCCGUCAUCACCACCACUGAUCCUUUCAAUCAAGUCAUCAUUUAGUUAAAAAGAAAUCCAAGGUGCCGGGAAAAAUACUAUACUGCCAUAGACGAAGAAAAUCAGUAAAUUUGCGGUCAUUUGCACGAAUCAGUUGAACUGGAAAAGAAACAGUGUUCAGCAUAAGUGAAUGAUGAUCAGCUGUUUGUACUUAAUGCUUAACCUCCGAUAGAUUACAGCACAUGCAUUUGUACUUACAUUUUAUUCAGAAUUAAAAAUGUGCGCAAGUGUGCGAGCCUGAUUGUUUGAACCUGCCACUGACCUCUAUACACGGAUAGGCUAUGAACCGUGGUAUUUUGUGCCUAUUUGAAUUUCGCCAUUUUGGCGCUGACGUUUGCGAUUCGAAAUGAUAAUAUAGAAAUAAACGGGCAGUGACAUCGACAAGUGUGUUAAGUCGGAUGAAGUAAAAGCAGCCAGUUCCAAGCUAUCCAUUUAUAGAGAUCAGAGGAGCCUGCUGACAAACUGCGCGGUGGUUUUAAUAAGUAUAAUGUGAACAUACCCUUAGGGAAAUUUUCUUCAGUAGAAGUAAAAAGUUAAAUUGUUCCUUUUUAAAGCAACUUUGUAGUAUUUGCUACUUAUGUUUUUUAUUAGGUUGUCAAUCUAUGUUCCCCUGAAAUACCUCAAGCACAAAUAACCCCAAGGGGUAAUGGAUGUUUGGACAUCUAUUCCCCCUUGUGAAACCUUUGUAGUUUUGUACAAUAAUAAAGAUAUGACGUUCAUGUACACGCA